AUGAUCAUCUCAAAUAUGACUCAAAAUAUUUCUCGAGUUUCGGAUAAGACGUUUACAGAAACAAACUUAAUUGUAUACUCGUUGAAUAAGUUUAAAAGAAGUAGUUUAACAAACAGAAAUAUACAACUUAAUAAGGAAGAUUUAAUAUAAUCAGAUGAAACCUAAUUAAGAAGAAAAAGUUGCUAUUGUAGUGAAUGUGGUCAACUUAGUUAAUUUCAAUAUAGACAUCUAAAUAACAAUGUUUCUAUUAAGAAAAUAAAAAUCUUUUCAAAGAAUUCAAUGAUGAGUAAAUCAAUGAAAAUAAUGUAAAAUUCAUUAAAAAUUAUAAAAUUUUAGUCCUACUUCUAAUAGAUAAUCAAUACUUAUUUAAAGACAUUAAUUUCGAAUGAAUACUUGUAGAGAGAUUUAAUUAUCUCAUGUUUAUAAUAAAUCACCUGCAAGAUUGACUCCAAUGAAGGAAAAUACAAUUACAAUUAAUAAAAUUAAAGAGUAAUAUUAUAAUGAACUAUUGGAAUAAGUAAAGAAGAAGAAUCGAUUGAAUUUUCAUUAACUUAGUUUACCUUAAACAAAAAGAGAUUAAGAACCAUUAUAGAAUAAGAAAAAUAUAUAAACACCCUAAACUCAUCGAAAAUAGAAACCAGAUAUUAGACCAUAUUUUAGUCAUUUAAAAUUGAAACCAAUAAAUUAAAAAUUCUAAACUUCUCACUUUGAAAUCUGA